GGGGGGACGCGGCAGCCACCGCCGCUAUGGAGGCGAAACCGGCGGACCCGCUGCUCUGCGACAGCCUCAUCCUCUGGCUCCAGACAUUCAAUACAGCUGCACCCUGCAGGGAUGUCCAGGACUUGACUAACGGGGUUGCCAUGGCUCAGGUGCUUCACCAAAUAGAUGUUGCCUGGUUUGAUGCAUCUUGGCUCAGUCGCAUCAAAGAAGAUGUUGGUGACAACUGGAGAAUAAAGUCCAGUAAUUUGAAGAAGAUACUGCAAGGAAUUAUGGACUACUAUCAUGAGUUCCUGGGUCAGCAGAUUGCAGAAGAGCUUAUUCCAGACUUGACCCGGAUAUCUGAGAAUUCAGAUCCCACUGAACUGGGCAGGCUCCUGCAGCUUAUUUUGGGUUGUGCAGUCAACUGUGAGAAGAAACAAGAGCACAUACAGAAUAUCAUGACCCUUGAGGAGUCUGUUCAGCACGUUGUCAUGACAGCCAUUCAAGAGCUCAUGAGCAAGGAGGUAACAAGUGCUUCUCCAUGUGAUGCAUCAAGUGAAGUGGAACUGCAGCUUAAAAAAGCCUUGGAAGACCUUCAGGAAGCACGAGCAGAAAAAGAGGAAUUGGCACAAAGAUGUCAAGAGCUGGAUUUGCAGGUGGCUGCCCUCCAGGAUGAGAAAAACAGCUUGAUGUCAGAAAAUGAGAUUAUGAAUGAUAGACUAGAGCAAUUAGAUGACUCUCUUGAUGAUCCAAAUACCAUGGUUGCAAAAAAGUAUUUUAGUGCACAGUUGCAGCUGGAACAAUUGCAAGAAGAAAACUUCAGGCUUGAAGCUGCAAAAGAUGAUUAUCGUGUCCAUUGUGAAGAUCUGGAAAAGCAAUUGAUUGAGCUGCAACAUAGAAACAAUGAACUGACCUCUCUGGCAGAAGAAUCAAGAGCCUUGAAAGAUGAAAAUGACAUUCUUAGGGCCACUGCAGACAAGGCAAGCAAGCUGGAGUCGACAGUGGAAGUGUAUCGGAAGAAGCUGCAGGACCUGAACGAUUUCCGCAGGCAGGUCAAGUCCCUGCAGGAGACCAACAUGAUGUACAUGCACAACACCGUCAGUCUGGAGGACGAGCUCAGGAAAGCCAACGCAGCACGGGCCCAGCUGGAAACCUACAAGAAACAGGUCCAGGAGCUUCAUAACAAACUGUCUGAAGAAUCCAAAAGAGCUGAUAAGCUGGCAUUUGAAAUUAAGCGACUCGAAGAAAAAUAUGAAGCUUUAAUGAAAGAAAAAGAGAGACUGAUAGUGCAGUGUGAUGCAUUAAGAGAGACAAAUGAGGAGCUCCGGUGUGCACAGAUGCAGCAGGAUCACCUGAGUCAAACAGGUGAAAAAAGCCAUGAGAAUCUUGCUGCUGAAAUUCUGCCAGUGGAAUAUAGGGAAAUGUUCAUUCGGCUGCAGCAUGAAAAUAAGAUGCUUCUGCUGAAACAGGAGGGAUCAGAAAAUGAACGGAUUGCUGAGCUCCAGGAAGAGCUGGAGCAGAAGCACCGGACAGUGAACGAGCUGGAAACUGAGAAAAGGCUCAAUGAGGAGCGUAUUGGAGGAUUACAGCAGCAGAUUGAAGAUCUGCAAAAGACUUUACAGGAGCAGGGAUCCAAGACUGAAGGAUCCAGCAACCUGAAGCAGAAAUUGGCAGCACACAUGGAAAAGUUGAACGAGGUUCAUGAUGAGUUACAGAAGAAGGAGGCUGAUCUGGCAGAGCUCCAGCCUGAUGACAGUCAGAACCCCCAGAAGAUUGGAGAGCUGGAAGCAGCUUUACGAAAAAAAGAUGAGGAUAUGAAAGCAAUGGAAGAAAGAUAUAAAAUGUACCUUGAAAAAGCAAGGAAUGUGAUAAAAACCUUAGACCCCAAGCUAAAUCCAGCAUCAGCAGAAAUUAUGUUGCUCAGAAAACAGAUACUGGAAAAAGACAAAAGAAUUGAAGCACUAGAGAAUGAAUACAAAAUAGCCAAGCUACGUGACUAUGAGGAAAAGCUGAUUGUAACUGCAUGGUACAACAAGAGCCUGAGCCUGCAGAAGCUGGGCAUGGAGGCCAGGCUGGUGGGCAGCAGCGGCGGCUGCGGGGCCGGGCCCGGCCGCUCCUUCCUGGCGCAGCAGCGUCACGUCACCAACACCAGGAGGAACCUCACUGUUAAAGUACCAGGUGCAACUUCUGAUUAAACACGAGGACAUGAGGAAGACUCACAUGCUAAAGUGUCCUUAAAUGUUUUAUACCUUUCCACUUUACCUACUUGAUGAAAGAGGAGGUUGGAAUGCUGGGCAGCUGCAAAUGACAACAUCAGAGCCUGUCAGGAAGGGAUGAAGGUGAUCAGCCAGAGGGUAGCAUGUAGUUUUCCAAGUAGAUUUAAUAACUGCAGCAUGUACAAGCACAACUUGAAAGAUUUCUAUUUGCCUUCAGAUUAUAUUGUAAAUAUGAAAUUUGGCACUAUAUAUUUAAAACUUUAUUUAAGUGGGUUUGGGCUAGAAAGUUGACUUUUAUAAUGGGAAGAUGUUAUGCAAAGGUGUACUUCAGGAAACUGGCAAUAUUGGGCAUUUUUGCUGGGCUCUUCUGAAAACAGAUCUAAAGGAUUGGUAGCAUCUUUUAAAAAAAGAUUUUUUUAGAGUAGAAAGUACAAUUUUAAAAGCAAGAAAGUACUUGCAUUUAUAGAAGAAAAUAAAGGUGUGGUACCAGUUGUUAUGUAACAGAAGACAGGAUUUGUUUUAUGAGAAGCAGAAUUUCUCAGUUUAUUUAAAAAACAAAGCAAAGGUUAAGUUGGUGCAUAUAGCACUGAGGAAAGCCUGUCUUUAAGAUGUUGAAUUCACUUAAGCCAAAAAAGCUUGUCUUUUCCUGGGUAAGAAAAAAGCUAUUACAGUAACUCAAAAGUCUGGGCUAUAUUUUGAAAGUCUGGCAUAUUGGUAUACUGCAUUUAUCUGCAGAAAGGGGAUUAGGUGGGAAGGAGCCCCAUUUAUUUCAACCUAUUUAUACAAGCCUGUGCAUGGAAAUUGCAUUUCCUCUUUUUUAAAUGUAAUUUCACUUGGCUAUUCUGAACUAACUGUGCUAGGUGGAGGAGUGAGAGAUGGCUGUGGCAGUUACUGGCAGCAGAGGUUGUUUGUUGGCAGGGAGCAAAGUGCAUAAGCUGUAAUAGUUUGAUUGAAGAUUAAAUGGGGGUUGUUACCUGACAUCUGUGUGCAGUAAGUUGCUGUCUUUCACAAAACUUGUGACUUUAUUUCCCAAAUGUCUAACUCUUGUUUUGAAUUGUAAUGUUAGGAAACCUGUUAAUGUUUGUUCUUUGCAAAUGGUCUAGAAAAAGUUCGUUAUACCAAUAGUUAAAUAAAAUAAAAUUGCAGCAGCCCUUAAAAUGAAAUUAAUACACUUAAAUUAAGUAUUUGAGGGUGCUGUACCAGACCCCCAUCUCAUAUAAAAUUCAGCUGCCUAUGAGAAUGAAAACACACCUGUCUUACCAUUAAGGCCAUUUUUUAUUUGAGAACAGGGUUCAGCUAUACAGAAUUUUAAAGUUUUGAAUUGUGACAUUUGGAUAGUGUGUCAUUUUGCCUGCCCUUCACUAUAGCUUGUCCUUUGAUUUCUUCCUUCCCCCACAUCUUAAAUCUUUAAUUGGGCAUUGCAUGUCAUGCCAGAGAAAAGGCAAGCAUUCAUUUUUGAUACAACUUACUUAGGGUUGCUUCUUAGUUGUGGUGGUUGUUUUCCAGUGCUGUAUGUAUGAAUAGGCAUUCAACAGAUUUCCUCCUUCACAAGGCAUUGUUUAAAAGCCAGGCUCGUGCUCAGUGUGGCAUGAGCCAGAUAUGUGGCUGUUGGAGAGUGUCUGUGGUGGUGUUCUUCAGGACUCUAUGCUUCUUUGGACUACCUCGUGGGUUUUGAGGUCUUUUAUUGCUGCAGUGGUGUUAGUGGAGUUGGUGUUGUUAA